AUGGGAAGCGCAGAGACGAAUGCCUGGGUGGGCGUCAAGGGCCCCGGAUCGCUGGACCUGCGAAGCGACGUCAUGACGGUCCCGACCCCGUCCAUGCUGGCCGCCAUCUCCCGGUGCAGCCUCCGCGACGACGUCUUCAACGAGGAUCCCACCACCCAGGACCUCGAGGCCCACGUCGCCCGGCUGGCCGGCAAGGAGGCCGGCCUGUUUGUCCUCUCGGGCACAAUGGGCAACCAGGUGGCCCUGCGAAGCCUCCUCGUCCAGCCCCCCCACGGCGUGCUGGCCGACCAUCGCUCGCACAUUAUUCUCUAUGAAGCCGGCGGAGUAUCCUCCCUGACUGGCGCAACCGUCAAGCCGGUCGUCCCCCGAAACGGCAAUCACCUCACCCUCGAGGACGUCGAGGCCAACGCCGUCAUCAGCGACAACGUCCACGACUGCCCCACGCGCGUCAUCAGCCUCGAGAACACGCUCAACGGCAUGGUCAUGCCCCUGAGCGAGGGGCUGGGCGCGCCCGUGGGCAGCAUCAUCGUCGGCGACAAGAGGACGCUGGCCCACGCGCGGUGGACGCGCAAGUCGAUUGGCGGCGGGAUGCGGCAGCCGGGCUUCAUCACGGCCGUCGCGCGGGUGGCCGUCGACGAGACGUUUGGGACCCAGCCCGACGGCAGCGACGGGCUGCUGAAGCAGUCCCACGAGAUGGCCAAGCGGGUCGAGGCGCUGUGGACGGGGCUGGGCGGCAAGCUGGUGCACCCGGUCCACACCAACAUGGCCUGGGUGGACCUCGAGGCCGCCGGGUGCAGCGCCGAGAGGUUCAUCGAGCUGGGCAGGGAGGAAGGGCUGGCGCUGGGGGGAGGACGGCUGGUGACGCACUACCAGGUUGCGCAGAACGGGGCCGAGGUGCUGAAGCGGCUGGAGAGGCUGUUUAAGAAGGUUUUGGCUUAG